AUGGAGCCUGGGAAACUCUUGGAUCCCCUGAAGGUCCAUGUGGGAAGCGGAUCCAGUGAAGGAUUGGAGGGUGAGAAAUCCUUCUCUGGAAAAGACAUGAAAAAUUUCAGAAGCCCCCCCAGACUAAAGCCCUAUAAAUGUGAGGAAUGUGACCUAUGCUUUGGUCAAAGGUCAAACCUUGUUAAGCAUCAGAGAAUCCACACUGGAGAGAAACCCUAUCAGUGUCUGGAAUGUGGGAUUUUUUUCCGUGAAAAAGGACAACUGGGAAACCAUGAGAGGAUUCACACAGGGGAGAAACCUUACAAGUGCUGGGAAUGUGGGAGGAGCUUUUCUUGGAAGGCAAGUCUUUGGGCCCAUGAGAAGUUUCAUGCAGGAACAAAAUCUUACAAAUGCUUUGAGUGUGGAAAAUCUUUCACCCUGAGUUCAACUCUUCGGAAUCAUGAGAAAACACACACAGGGGAGAAAAAUGAAAAGUGUCUUGAAUGCGGGAAAUGUUUUUCCAAGAAAUCAAGCCUGGUGCAGCAUCAGAGACGUCACACUGGAGAGAGACCCUAUGAAUGCCCAGAAUGUGAGAGACGAUUUAUGUUUCCUUCUGCGCUUCGGAGACACCAGAAGGGACACAAAGGGGAGAAACCCUAUGAAUGUGGGGGAUGUGGGAAAGGUUUUCUUUCACAAAGAGAGCUUCAGCUUCACGAGAGAAUCCACACAGGGGAAAAACCAUACAAAUGUGAGGAGUGUGGAAAGUGCUUUACCCUAAAACACCAUCUUGGAAGUCAUCAGAGGGUCCACACAGGAGAGAAGCCGUACAGAUGCGUAGAAUGUGGGAAAUGUUUUGCUCAAAAGGGAAAUCUUUGGAAACAUCAUAAAACCCACACAGGGGAGAAGCCAUAUCAAUGCAUCGAAUGUGGACAAUUUUAUUCUACCACAUCACACCUUAGAAGUCAUGUAAAAACUCACACGGGGGAAAGAAAUUACAAAUGUUUAGACUGUGGGAAAGCAUUUGCUCAUUCAUAUUCCCUUAGAAAACACAACCGAAUCCAUACAGGAGAGAAACCCCAUAAAUGCUCGGAGUGCGAUAAAUGUUUUUCUUGGAAAGCACAAGAAACUGGGACAAAAAAAUGCCAUGCUGGUUUCGUCAUUGUGAAGGUUUCCCCACACCAAAAAACUGUAGGAUUUCCCAUCUGGGACUGUGUGAAGUUCCUGGUGAAUUAUAAGAUGUGA